AUGGUCGACGGCGCCAAACUUAUCCGAUCUCCAAAGUCGGGCAGCGAGUGGACCACCAACGAGCUGAUCGCAUACAACAUCACCGUUGCCACUCAGCCGCCCUGGGAGUUUUUUCUUCAAAACCAUGAACCACCCUUGGAGGGCGUAGAUCCAUCACUCAUUGACUCCCCUCUCGAUGCAGACAAUGUCACAGACGCCACCCACACAUAUCUGUCGUACCUUGACCUGGCCACCCAUGCCGGUCAAGAAAUUUUGAUCGACGACUUCGCUCGGGAGACUCUCCGCGUAUGCGGCUAUCUUGAACGUGGCUUAGUCCUCAGCACACACUACAGUAUUCCGCUGACGAUCAGUGGCGAUAACCGCCGAACUGCACAAACAGAUGACAAGACAAUAUACAAUUCGACGCAGCCCGAACCACAAGUUAUCGCAGGAGCGAUUGCCGCGUACCAGUACAAUAACGAGAAACGGCAGUCCAGGGAACUUCCCAUCCUUGAUACCAUGACUAUUCCCUGCAUCACGCUUGUUGGCACACGACCCACCUUUUAUCUGGUCCCUGUCACUCAAGCACUUAGCGUUGCAGUUGUAACUGGCCAGUAUCCUGAAGUUCCAACUAAGGUCGUGAAGUGUGUCACUUUUUUAGGGCACAACCAUCGAUCCAGCGAAGGCAUGGAGACACCAAAGUAUAGGCGGCUUGCUUUUCAGCGUUUUGUCGCAUUCAGAGACCUUGCGAAGGGAUUUUGGCAGACAAUCCUUGUCUGACUGACGUCGUACGUGUACCUUUGAAAGUACUUUUGUCCGGAAUUUGAUUCUCCAGCUUUCCGAUAUCCGUGAUCCUGCUGCAAUGAUUUUUUUCUUCGGCCUGGUGUAUCCACUACGUACUAGUUUCAUUUGUCAUAUAUACAAAGGUGAUGGUGAUCAUAUAUUCCCGACUCUGCCUGAGGGGUCUGCCGACUAUGUCAGAAAUUAUCAGCAAAACCCUAUGGUAUGUGUGGCAGCGCACGGUGCUGUACAACGCACCUGGGUUGCCCGCCUUAUUAUACUGGGUGAUCAAG